CACAUUCCUCCUAAUAAUAAACAACUAAUGCUAACUCGAAACGGUCCCACUCCAUCCCAUCAUUCGCAUGUCCAACUCUUCCAUUUCGAAUUCUGUCGAAAACUCGUACCAUUUGUAAUCUUGAUUGAUCCGUAUUUGUCAUAAAAUUUCGGUCUUGGGCAGUUAAAAUCGAGGGGUUCGAUUAUUUUUUUGAUUGAUGGUAUAGUUUAUAGCAUGGGUAAAGGAGGAGGGUGUUUGCCAAGCAAAAACAGGCAACCUUUGGUUGCGUCUGAACAGGACGAGCCCACCAAUCCAGUUGGCGACGAGUCAGUCUCGGUCACAAUCGAGGGCCAAAGCCGCACCACUGAUGCAGCAGCAGCUCAGUUCCAAGAUGGAGUUUUGCAAAGAACUCUGACCAAGAAAUUGAGGAUUUUCAUUGUGUUUUAUUCCAUGUAUGGACACGUGGAAAGUUUAGCAAGAAGGAUGAAGAAAGGGGUUGAUGGGAUUGACGGAGUUGAAGGGGUGUUGUAUAGAGUUGCUGAAACUCUGGAAACAGAGGUUUUGGAGCAGAUGAAGGUGCCCGCAAGAGAUGAUGGGAUUCCACUGAUCUCUGUGGAGGAAUUGGUGGAGGCUGACGGAUUGUUGUUUGGGUUUCCUACGCGGUAUGGAUGUAUGGCUGCACAAAUGAAGGCAUUCUUUGACUCAACUGGGAAGUUGUGGACCGAGCAGAGGCUUGCUGGGGUGCCUGCGGGAUUCUUUGUUAGUACUGGUACCCAAGGAGGUGGACAAGAGACUACCGCGUGGACAGCAAUUACCCAGUUAGUCCACCACGGUAUGAUCUACGUUCCAAUAGGAUACACAUUUGGAGCAGGAAUGUUUAAGAUGGACGCCCUGAGAGGAGGUUCCCCUUAUGGAGCAGGAGUCUUCUCAGGGGACGGCACAAGGGAACCCAGUGAAGCAGAGCUCGCACUGGCGGAGCACCAGGGAAAGUACAUGGCAUUGAUGGUGAGGAGGUUUGCGGUGCCUCAUUCCUUCCCAAAUGAUCAUAAAGACGGUAGCUAGCCCCUGCAGAACCCUUUAUUGGUUGUGUCAUGCUAUUGUAUAUUGUAAUUCCAUUUUUUUUUUUUUUGCUAGGUAUAUUUGCAUUUUUGUCUAUUGUACGUUGCAGCAUCUGCUGUGAUUGUUUUCUGGAAAUUGUAACGAUAAUAAUAAAAGUAAUGGCUUGUUAUCGUUCUUUACUCAAGAAGUUUUUCUUA